CAUGGCGCCGUGCACGCUGCUGCCGCUGCUGCUGCUGCUGCUGCUCCGGUGCGCCGCCCCGGGGUCCACCGAAAACUCGAGCUGGCCGGCCGUACCUCGCAACUAUACACACGGGGGGGCCCCGGGCACGGGCCCCAUGCUGCUUCGCUUGUUCUACGUAAUCACCGGGCUCAGCGGCCUCAUCUCGCUCUACUUCCUCAUCCGGGCUUUUAGACACAAGAAGACACAGCGAAGGAGGUAUGGGCUUCUGACCAACACGGAGGAGCAUGAAGAGAUGGCCUCCCUGGACAGCGAGGAAGAGACUGUCUUUGAAACCAGGAAUCUGAGAUGAUGUGGAGGGGGACGUCAGGCCAUAAGGACAGUAGAGGACGUGUUCUGUGGGCUCGGAUGUCGGCCUUCCUGGAGGCCACCUGCACAGUCCCCGGACGCCGCGUGGGCCAGGACAGUCUGACCUCACCUCGCCGAGAGCAGCCCACAGACUUGAGGCCCCAAAGCUGGACUGACUUGUGCUGCUCCUGUCAUCCUGCCUCCCCGCACUGCCUCCCGUGCAGGACAAGGCAGCCCUGGGGCAUGAUGGAGCAGACGGACCUUCCUGCUGCUUUGGGAACAAUAAAGAAGCAGUGGCUUUGUGGCUGACCUGAA